GAAGAGUCACGCUGCCAAAUAUGGGCACAACCAAAACACCGGCGCUGUUAGCCCAGCUCUGCUAGUCUCAAGAGUGGGUGUAGGAUAUAGUGUAUAACAUAUGUCAAAUACAUUAUCGAAACGAUUUCUGCUCAAAUGAGACGAAUGUUGAUUUCGGUUUCUACCCAAAUAGCACUGAGCACCGAGCGAAGGUAGUUUCACUAACUUUUUGCCUUGCUUGCAGGCUGCAGAGGUGGGAGGUAGGAGGCUAAGAGGAGCUCAUUGAAGAUGUCAGUGGAGGGACCCCUGUCACCUCCUCUUCCUCCUCCUCCUCCUCCACCACCUGCUCCAGGUCCACCACUUCCUCCAGCCUCCUCACCCAAGAAGAAGCUGUAUCAGACUAUAGCCAGUAGCAGAAGUCCUGUGGAGGGGAACCACACAGAGGCCCGCUUACUGCUCAGUCAGAGGGAGAGCAGUUUUAGGAAGGACCUGCAGUGGGUACUAGUGAACACAUAUGUGCCCUCCCUCAUCCAAGAUGGUCCACAGUGUGGUCUGGUGGCUUUGUGGAUGUCUGCUCACCUUCGACAGCCACAGCUGAGUAUCGACAUGGAAACUGUUGUUCAGACGGCCUUGAGCAGAGGAUACACGGCACAGGGUGAAAUGUUUUCAGCUGAAAACAUGGCCCUGCUGGCUGAGGAGGUCUGUGGCUGUAAGGCAGAGCUGCUGUCGGGGGGUUUAAGUGGUAAUAAUGCUGCAGCCAUCAUCACACACCUGUGGGGGAGACAGCCUGUUCUCAUCCCAUAUGAUGAAGACUACAACCAUGAGCCAUGCCAGCGGAGCGGCCACAGGGCGCACUGGGCAGUCGCUUCAGGUGUUCUCCUCGGUGUGGACCAGGGGAGCGUGAGCAGAGAGCACAUCCAGCCUGACCCCACUCUGCCCUGGCUCCACCUCGCCUCAGACAGCAGCGCUCCGUGUCCCGUCGGUAACACGGCAGUCAAAGAGGUUUACGUCCUGGCUAAGCAGGGUAAAAGCCUGCGCUACCAGCUGUGGAGUUUGGACAGCGUAGCUCAGAGUAACGAGCAGCUGAGGACGAUGGACCCUCAGAGAGCGAAUGACGGGGCCCGGUAUGUGGUUCCUCAGGGAGGGGUGGAGGCCGGGCUGGCUGGACGGGCGGUGAUGCUCCACACAAGGACAAAGAAGCAGUAAUAAAUGUGACGUAGGACCCAGCUGUGUGGUGGAGGGCUUUUAAGUGGAUUACUGUAUGUGCUACUGUUCUGAUGACUGUGGAUCCUUUUAAUUAAGGUGACUAUAAGAGUUUCCACAUAUUCUGCAACACUGGGUAGCUGUUCCUUGAGUUUCUCUAGUUAGGUUUGGCCCUUUGAAGGCAGUGUUGCGGGUCAAUUAAUGCAUAGAAGGGCAUUAUGAAAAAUAUUGGAUUUGCACUGUUGUUUCAUCAAUUUGUUGGAGAAAAAUUUAUGUAUUUAAUUAGGAUGUUACAUUUAAUUCACUUGAUAAAACCAAAAACCAAAAUAUCAUCUUAUUUGUCAUUAAAGUUUCCAACUGAAUUUCCAGAAAAUGACCCAUGUCGCCCUUCCCUUAAAUUCUUUCACUACUUUAUUUAAACUGAGUGCAAUUUUUUGGGGGAAUUCUUUUUUUGGUCAUGCAGGUUUACAAUGUGAAAAACACAUCACUGUCUGAAAGAAAUAUAUUUAUGCAAUAAAUUGUUUAAAUU